AUGAAGUUCACCGCCAUCAUCACCACCACCAUCCUGGCUGCAACGGUUGCAGCCGACAGUUGCAACCGCGGCGGCGUCUACUGCGGCUCCUCUCUUUUGCGCAAAGGCAACUACCGCGAUCACAUCGUGGAGACGCUCCAGGCGGCCGGCCAGCCCACCUCCGAGGACCACAUCCAGAACUCCAAGUUCGACUGCAUCGACGGCGGCGACAUUGUGUAUAGGGAGUUUUGUAGCAGGGGCUGUGGCGGGACUGACUCGACGGAUCCAGAUUACUGCUUCUAG